CGCUCGCCCCGCGCCUGUGGGUCUGGAGGGUGGGUGCUUCAGUGCUGGGGCCGCGUGGGGGGCGGCCGGCCGGGGGCUAAUUCCCCUCUUCGCGGGACGUGACUGGCUGGGGCUGCAGCCAGCCUGCCCUGCGGGAGCCCCCGGGGCGUGCGGCCCGGACAGUCCGUGCGCCUGGGGCUCUGGUGCCUGCUCCCGCAGUGCCCCCGCUGUGGCGCGUCUAGUUCCUCUGCCCAUGUAGGCGGGGCUGUCGCUUCUGUGUAGCCCCCACGCCGCCCCUCCGGCGGGCCCAUCUCUGCUCGUAGCGGGCGCUAUUGCUGGCCGGUGACCUCCCCAGCGCCCUGUCCCACGCACACGCGCCUCUGCAGGGGAGGCUGCUGCUGCUCCUGCCAUCUCUACCUUACACCUGUCCGGUGGGGGGAGUGGUCUAGUCCUUGCAAGCAGCUUCCGUGUCCAAGCCCGAGACUGAGAUGAUGAUGCUGUCUGGGGACAGGGCUUGCUGUGUCAUUAGUGCUUCCAGUGCAUGUGGGAAUUCCGUGGGGACCCCAGCCCAGGGAUCCUGGAGCUGUAGUGGGGUCAUUUUGAGCCAGAGUCCAGGGAUUGUGGUCUGCCAUGGAGCCAUCUUCUCUCCUUUCCUCUUGGAGGAGGUGAUAGCAGCAGACCAGGGCAUAUGGUCCCAGUGCAGUGUCCUGCUGGCAAACAGCUUCUCCCCAGAUAUUCAGAUCCAGGUUCUCUGCGCUGCAGAAAGUAGAAGCAAAGGGAAUGGUAAGGGUGUGUUGGGCAAAGAUUUGGGGGCCUGCAGCCCGGCUCUGGGGUUCAAUCCCCUUUCAAACCAACAGGGAUCUCCUGGCACCCUUAGGCAGCAUGAGGCCAAGCUCCUUAUGAUGGUGCCCUGCCCAGAGUUCCAGAACACCUUCUCCAAAGUCUUCACCCGUGCUGAGCAGUGGCAUUUCUGUAGGAGUGAAGAUGAGCAGGAGCAUGGGGCACUCUUGGAUGAUUUGCGCUAUCUGCAUUGGUUUGCCUUGCUGGAAAUCCCAGACCUCAACUCACCUGGUAUAGCUCAAGUAAGCUGUGUGCUGGCUGAGUCAUUGAGGAAAGGUGACAUGCUGUUUGCCUGUGGUUCCCCUUUUGGUUCAUUUUGCCCAGACAUUUUCAUUAACACUCUUAGUAAAGGGAUAGUGAGUAACCUAGCUGGAGAAGGAAAUGUCCUUAUUCUGACUGAUGCUCGUUGCUUGCCUGGCACCGAAGGAGGAGGGGUCUUUAUGUUCUCUGAAGAUGGUUUUAACCUAGUUGGAAUAAUUGUGGCUCCACUUUGUUGGAAGGCCAAUGAAUGGGUUGGAUUGACGUUGGUUUGUUCAAUUGGCCAUAUCCUGGAGAAUGUCAGGAGUGCCUUGGUUGGGUCUGGAAGUUCUAUGAAAACCUGGUGGCCUCAUGUGCAAUUGGUUGCUAAGCCUGUUGGGAAGAUGGCAGUCAGUCCUGGGCCUGCACAGCAUCUCCUGUCUGCAGUGGUGUUGGUGGAAUGUGGUCAAGUCUGGGGAUCUGGAGUGGUGGUCAGUUCAAGGCUAGUGUUGACCUGUCGACAUGUGGUGAAUGAAGCCUCGGGUGUCUGUGUAAGGGUACAGCACAGCCCUGAAAAGGGCUGUGUCCUUAAAGGGAAAGUGGUGUUUACUACAAAUGAUGAUUCUCCCUAUGACAUAGCAGUGGUAGAACUGGAAGAAAGCUUACUCUGUUUUGCAAAACCUGUUUCAGCUAUCAAGUUUGGUGCAGGAGAAGAAGUGAGUGUUGUUGGCUUUGGUGUAUUUGGUCAGAGCUGUGGCCCAUCAGUCACAUCAGGAAUCUUGUCAGCUGUGAUCACGGUGGAUGACAAGCCAGUGAUGCUUCAGUCAACCUGUGCGAUUCAUGGUGGCUCGAGUGGGGGGGCCCUCUUCUCUACAAACAGCGGAAAGCUCCUUGGGAUUGUUGCUAGCAACACAAAGGACAACAGUGUAGGAGCUACAUACCCUCACCUGAACUACAGUGUUCCCAUCACAGUUCUACAGCCAGCAGUCUUGGAAUACAGCCGUACUGGAGACCUGCAUGGUUUCCAGGAGCUGAACAGGGCCAACGACAGAAUCAGACUAGUGUGGCGGCUCCAAAGAAAGACCACAGAGGUACCACACAGCAAGCUAUGAGGCUGCCGAUCUCAGAAGAAAGUGUCCAUCGCCUAGAAGGUGCACAUCUUUAUGCAGGUACAGGAGCUCCUGAUUUUGUGAAUCAUUCCGGAUCCCCUGCUACUCAAUUCCAACAACACUCCCUCUCCAGGCUGAAAAGAGGUCCUCGUAUCCUAUCACUUCUAUCCAAUAACAUUUCCAGUGUGACCUUUCUGAAGCCACCAGACACAUCAGAAUACCUCAGAUCCACACACUGAGGUGCAGGGAGGAACAGCUGGGUUGUGGCACUGUAGUGUUUCAAGCUUCCUGGUUCAUGUAGCUCUGUUCCUGCUGUUUCUUCUGGCUCUAACGCACAAGCUGUGUCCCUAGCAUCCACAUUCACUUGCUGGCUGGAGCCAAAGAUGGUACCUAAAUGGCUGGGCAAACGCAGCCCUGACCGAGAGCUCUGGAAAACCUCUCUUCCAGUGUUCACCUGGCUCUGCCCCCUUUGUACAAUCUUUGAUUGCCAGGGGGAUGCUAUGGGUGUGGCAGUGGCUAUAGAGUUCAUAAAUGUGCCUCUGUUCCAGGUGCAGGAGAACUUUUUGUUUAGCUGAACUAUGGUGAAGGCUUAUCCUCUGUAGGGCAAAUGGGACAGCCCUGACCGUCUCCCAUGUUAGCUUUGCACCACUCUCUAUGCUGACUGCACAGCAGCUAUGUGUGAUGUACACAAGUGUAACUAAGAAUAAGGUCCAUAUGCUAAGGAGCAGUCCUGACAUUAGUCACUAGAGGGCAGCACAUUACCCACCUGCAGGGACAUCAUGAUUGGAUUGCAUCAACUUUACUGCAGCUCUGCUGGCACCAAGUGGUUGCACAGCAGCUGUGGUGUAAAGAAUCUCCCUGGCAGGUGCAGAGCUAGAAUCACUGGUGAAUGAUGGCCCUUGGACUGCUCUAACCUUCUGUAGGUGCCAAAAAAAACACACCCUUGCUAGGCUGGGGUUUGGUAUGGGAUGAAAUGCACACCUCUCUGAUGCAUACACAUGUCACACCUCACACUGUCCAUAUGCAGAGUUUUGAAUGACCUGGUCUAAGCACUGCUGACUUUAAAAGUACCUCUUGAAAGUGAAUUGGCAUGCUGGUGGGCAAGCAUGUGAUCAUCAAGUCCUGGCUGGGAGCACAGGACUUGCAUGGGUACAGGGACAGGGAGAAUGACAAUUUCCUGCAAAAUCCUGGAUGAACUUAAUUAAAUAAAGUUAUACCCUGUUGAAUUAGGUUUAAUACCUUUGGAGGGCCAUUGUAUUCAGCAUGAACUUGUGUAUAUGUUAUUGUGGAAUUGUAUGUCUUCUCCAGAAGGAGGGGGAUGCUACUGUACUUUCUCUGUUACCAGCCCUUUGAAGUCACCCUUUGGAGAGGCUCACAUAGACUAAUAUA